AUGCCUAUCAUCGCAGAAGACCCCAACUUAGCCGUUCCACCAGACUUCGAGUCGGAAGAAUACACUCUAGCUCGUGCUCAGCUCAUUAACGAAACGACGAAUGACCAGCAGGCCGCCAAAAUAUUGGAAAACCUGUGGCAUAUCCAAAACAAUGCAGACAGACGUUGGUGGUCAGCCAGGAUUUGUGAGGAAGCUGAAGGAGCCGAAGAAGAGCGCAGACAUAUCGCAGAAGAGGAAGCACAGUGGCAACAAACACUCCUUACCAAGCAAGAAGCUGCUGUUUUAGAAGAAUGGAAAAAGAACAAAUCCAAGUACGCACCAAUCCGCAACGCUGAAGUUCCGUCCAACCUGAUCAUCCUUCCAUGUCAAUAUGCCAUCCGGAAAAUGAAAUCAGGCAACUACUGCGAACUCUUCUACUUCACGAACAGCAGCUUAGAAGAAGCUUCUCGGAACACCUUUACAGCUGAUGAAGACGCCCUAAUAAUGCUACCUACUGCUGAUGGAAUGCACAAGUGGAUUCCGGCCGGUGCCGCUCGAGAUCCCAAAGCGCAGAUAGUAAAGGAUGAGAACCUUACUUGGGAGCAAUUUAACGAAGCAGCGCCUCGAAUGAUUGUACUAAUGAAAGAAAAUGACUGGCCAGAUGAUAGGGUAGCCAUGCACGUCUCAUUUUGGUCCGCGUUACAAAACCAUCGCUGGAGACAUGAUUUCGACACUCAUAAACAGUGA